UGGUAGUGAGAAUGACAGCUGAAAUGACACCGACUGCUCCCGAGUUUUCCUCCAAAUAAUCGCUUCAAAAAAAUGAUGGCCAACUUUCAAAUUCUUCCUAUUAGUCUUCCAAUCAACUGAACUGAAUUUCUAAGAUGAGUAUUCGUCUGAAGAGCCCGUUAAAGAGACGUCACCACCGAGGGAAACCGAAACAUCGGGAAUUUUCCGAUGUGCCGCUCCUCUCGCAAUCCUCAACGUCCGACACUGAAAGUUACUCAUCGAGUAUCCAUAGCGAUGACCAAGAAUCAGAGGAAAACCGCCAGCAAGCGACGACGUUAGGCCUCGAUAUCCACGAUGCUAAACCUUUAGAAGAGAUCCUCCUAAAUGAUGAAUCGACGAAAUAUGUCCGCCUGAAACGUCAGCUCGGACUCCUGAGUGCGAUAAGCGUUAUCGUGAACUCUAUGAUCGGUAGUGGGAUAUUUGUAAGCCCCAAAGGUGUGAUCUUGCACGCCGGGUCCAUAGGGCUAUCGAUGAUAGUAUGGACGAUAUGUGGUAUGUUCUCCCUAGUAGGAUCGCUAUGCUAUGCCGAACUGGGGACGUCUCUACCAUAUUCUGGUGGCAUUUAUAUCUAUAUCAAUGAAAUAUUUGGUGGACUGCUGGCUUUCUUGACCAUGUGGAUCUCGGUCCUGAUUCGAUCUCCAGUCGGUGCCGCUGUCGUCUCACUCACCUUUGCAUUUUACACGGUGCAGAACUUCUUUGAGGGAUACCCAGUUCCACAGUCGGCAACACGGUUGAUAGCAGCAGUUUUGAUAUUGUUCCUGACCUUUAUCAACUGUUACAACGUUAAGCUCGUGACGAGAUUACAGACUUUCUUCAUGUUUGGGAAACUUCUGGCUCUCGGGCUGAUUAUUGUGAUGGGAAUUGUCCAGCUGUGUAAAGGUCGAACUGAGAACUUCCAUGACAUGUUCCAGGGGACAACUCAUGAUCCUGGCCAGAUAGCCCUAGCCAUCUAUGCCGGGAUGUGGGCAUAUUCAGGCUGGGACAUGGUGAAUUGCUUGACAGAGGAGAUAAGAAAUCCCUCGCGAACUCUUCCCAUUGCAAUUGCCAUCGCCAUACCGCUGGUCACAAUCGUUUAUUUAUUGACAAAUCUGGCGUACUUCACGGCCUUGACCCCGCAGGAAAUGAUAGCGUCAGACGCAACAGCCGUGGUGUAUGCUGGAAGGGUGCUAGGACCAAUGGCUUGGAUAAUGCCUGUGUUUGUCGCCAUGUCAACCCUUGGUAGUGUCAAUACAUUAUUAUUGUCUUGUUCAAGAGUCCUGUUCGCUGGUGCUAGAGUUGGCCAUCUGCCUUCCUAUGUGUCCAUGGUCAACCCGAAAUACCUUACACCUAUGGUUACACUUCUAGUCCUUUGCUUUUUCAGUCUGUGUAUGCUGGUGUCGUCGGACGUCUACAAAAUGAUCACAUACUUGGAGUUCAUAGAAUCAAGCCUUCUCGCCGUGCCGAUUAUUGGGAUGCUAUACCUCAGAUGGAAACAACCAGAACUCGAAAGACCAUUAAAGGUGUGGUUGUUUAUCCCAGCCAUGUAUCUUCUCAUUGCCUUAUUCCUGGUGAUCUUCCCAUGGUAUGACAGCCCGGUGGAGACCGCUAUCGGCGUUGCCAUGGUGGUCUCCGGGAUACCAGUCUACUUCGUUAUGUUCAAGUGGGAGAAGAAACCGAAGUGGAUUGGGAGAAGUUCAAUCCAUGUGCAGAGGUUCCUCCAGAAGUUGUUUUAUCUGCUGCCAGAGGAUAACCAAUAUGAUUAGGAAGAAUUCAGGUGUGACAAGAAAUAAGUCGGCAAAUAUCGGUGGACAGAAUCAAAUUUCUUUAUAAAAGUGGAAAAUAAAGAAGAUGUUGAUGCUAUUGGAUGCUUUCUGUUAUAAGAUGCAUGUGAUGUAAACUAUAAAGCCUGGGGAAAUAAAGAAGACUUUAACCCGUUUACAGCGGAUGACGUGCAUGUCAUGUGACAUGUCACAUCAGGUGCGGUCCCGUGCAUAGCAUGUCAUAUACCUUUGUGACUUUAAUUCAUCAGCACUGGCCCUUAGCCUUUCUUAACAUGCUAUAAACACUUGUAAAACAUCAGUUUGUUCCAAAUGUUGUCAAAGGCGACACUUUUGAAUGCUUGGUUAGGUGCCACCACUGUUUAGCGGUGCUAUGGACAGCUUAGAUCUGGUUUGUGCAGGCCGAAUGAUGCUUUCAGCAGCGAAAGGGAAAUUAAUGAGAGAAAGCGUUAAAGAAGGACCCUGAUGGUAUCAAUUGGUUAUUGGCAUCGCUUGAACAUUUUCCAGUUAAUCAAAGCAUUUACUGUUACUAGUCUACAUUCCUGCAAUCCACUGAAGUUGACAUAAUUAUCAAAGAAAAUUUACAUGGUAGUUUUUGUUGAGUAUAGAUCGACAUUCCUGAACCCCACUGAUGUGUUCACUCUCAGAUGUACAGUAGAACCUCUCUAUUAUGGACACUCUCGUGACUGACAAGUGAUGUCCUUAAUAGAGAGGUGUCCUGAUUAGAGAGGUCAAUUUGAAAAGAAACAACCAAUUUGGGACCAAAACUAGAGUCCUUAUUAGAGAAGUGUUUGGAGGGAAGGAGGUUCUUCUGUAUUCCAGUAGGAUUGUUCCUACUUGCAUCGUUUGGUUGAAUUGUCACAAUAACAUAUGCCAUAUACAGGUAUAAUAUUUAGGAUGCAUUUCAGAUAACAGCUGUUUCUACUUAAAAAUUAACCACUUACGAAGGCAAAUACAGCUAUGAAAAUUCUAUAUAUAGAAUUCCUUUACAAAAUCUAUUAAAAAAUUGGUAUAUGAAAAAGCGCCAUAGAUAUUUCUGUAUAGAAAUUCAAUGAUCCAGUUAGGAGAAGCUGUGGUCCUGCUGGAAGCCAUUUUUGUAUCGAAAACCAACAUGUCUUAUUCCCAAGUUGACCCUAUAGUGAAUUGUUGACUGUGAUAUUUGUUGUAAGCAGUUUACGGUGUUAUAACUAGGAUAUAUUAGAAGGAAAUAAAUAUAUUUGUUAGGUUUGCUGUUGUUGAGGACGAAUGGUACUCGUUAUAGUCAUAAAACAAUUGCCACUUGUUAGUCAUUUAUCAGACAGGUUUAAUAUUGAAUUUGAUAAGUUAUGCAGACUGAUCAGUAUUGUUUGCAGUGUAAAGACUUGUCCUUGUGCUAGUUUAUUAUCUUGCUUUUGCUCCAUUUUGCAUCCAUUUAUGUAUCCUGCUGGUGCCAUUUAGUGUCAUUGUCUCUGGUGUGGGGGCAGCAGCAGUUGGUUGUGAUGGCUUGUGAGUAAUUAUUUGUAAUUCAGUGGCUGCUCGCAGAGAUAACUUUCGUGCAUUCGAUCUUCGUUGUGGGAUCAAUUCAGACAGAUUAUGAGCAUGUUUAAUACCAAUAAUUAUGGCUUUAAGCUUUAGAGUUGUGAUUUAGCUUACUGGUAUGGUUUUUUUAUCAACCGUUUUCUUGAAUCUUCCUUUAUAUUAAAGUACAAACACAGGUAGAACUCUCUGCUACGAAACCUAUGUUCUGGGGAGGUUUUUGUGUUGAAAUUACUGAGUGGGCGUUCCAGUUGAUGUGCUUACAGUAUGUAUAAAUACCUUUGAACUUAAUUUGUCAACCAGGAUGAUGUUGGGCAAAACUGACUUAUUAUAAAGAUAACCACCCAAAAUUGUGAUUUUAAGCCAUAAAAUGACUCUCCAUAUCAGUUUUUGGGGAGGGGGGGGGGGGCAGAAUUCAAUGCUUAGUUCAGCCUGUUGAUAGAAUUUUUAAUUGUCUCGUGCCAAAUCAUUUUUUUGAUUAGAUCUAUUUAUUCUAAAUGUCUUAUUUACUUCAAAUUACUGUAAAACUGGUGAGGGGCUGUUCCAUCUCUAGGUGGCAGCACUGGUUCUGUUAUGAUGAGUUCCACUAGACAGGUACUGCCACCUCAAAGGCCUGGUUCAUUCAUGUGGCCUUGGAGGAAUUAUACUUGACAAGUAUAAUUCCUCCAAGAUGUGGCCAACUGGUAAUAAGGAAUUAACAUGUCUUUAAUGCAGUAACAAGAAAUGCUAGUUUGAUGAAACUUGGCAUGUGUUGUGUUUUUAUGUCAAUGUUCAGUGACAGUAUUGUUAAAAUUAAGACUCAGUGUGUGUUGACAUAAUUCAAAAAUCACAAAUUGCUUAAUUUGAAAUAUUGAUUGACGGACCUAGCAUUUAAAAGUCACGAUGACCCCUGUCUGAUUUUACAGUAGCUGUAUGUUUUUUGUCUGGAUGCUGGUUUAUAGUGAGAAAAUGGUAUAUAUUUAUUGGAUGGAAUAAAAGUUUUAUUUGUA